GAAAGGAUUCACAGCUUUAUUGUGAGAUUGCGUAAUAUAGUCUCGGAAAAUAGUAAAAGGAAUAAGGAACUAGAACAAGAUGCUGCGUCAACCGUUGCUGCAACAUAUACGCUGCGCGCACAGCACGGUGUCCGCUAGCAGUAGGCCGUAUUGGAAGAAGAAUCCACAUCUGGACCAGAUAAUCCGAGUGGACCAUGCAGGCGAGUUAGGAGCAGACCGUAUCUACGCUGGCCAGAUGGCAGUACUAGGUAGCACUGCUGAAGGCCCGCUGAUUCAGCACAUGUGGGACCAGGAGAAGAAACAUCGCGCCAAGUUUGAGGAGCUGAUCAACGAGUACAGGGUCAGGCCAACUGCGCUGACUCCGAUAUGGAAUGUUGCUGGAUUCGUGUUGGGAGCUGGCUCAGCACUCCUAGGCAAAGAAGCAGCAAUGGCUUGCACGGUAGCCGUGGAGACGGUCAUAGUAGACCACUACAACGACCAGCUCAGAACCCUUAUGGAGGACCCUAACAUUGACAAGGAGAUCCUGGAAACCAUCACCAACUUCCGAAAUGAGGAGCAGGAACACCACGAUACAGGGAUAGACCAUGGAGCUGAACAAGCCCCCUUUUACAAAGCCAUGACUGAAGUUAUCAAGGCUGGUUGUAAGGUGGCUAUAGCUUUAUCGAAGAAGGUUUGAGUAUAGAGGAUUUUAUAUAAACUGCUAAAGAUAGUCUAGUCCGCCAUCUUGAAUACAUGUGAGUACUUUUGUAGUCACUUUAAACGUAAUAAAUGUUGCUCAUAAGAAUUACUAUGAAUAACUGAAAAUACAAGAGUACAAAGUUUACUAUUUGUGGAAUUGUCUCCUAUUUGCUUGUGAUGUCAUAAGACAGCCAAAACAACAUGGACCACUUAGUUUUUAUCCAAUGUGGGUUCCUUUAAUUUAUUCAUCGUCAUGAGCUACAAAUAGGAAGAAUCCCGUAUUAAGAUUUUGAACAACUACUAGUAAGAAUUUUUUAUGUCAGACGGAGAUUUUUGUGUCGUUAUAAAGUUAGCCAGACAUAUUAUGAAAACGCUUUGAAUUUAAUGUAGCAUUUAUAUAACAAGAGUAUCUAUAAAGUAUUAUUUCCUGUUAGCUUUCUAUAGCAUCCAACAGACAUCACAAAACAUAGUAAAAUAGUCUAGAAAUUCCAAAUAUCUAGACGACUUUUUACAUGACAAUGUAUAUUUUUGUUAAACGAAUAAAAUUAUGUAUUAAACAGA